GCCUUGUUUGCCACGCUUGGUAUUGUGCUGCACGGCGCGUCUACUGGGACUCCAGCCUCAAGUUGCAGACCCGAGAAGCCUUGGAUGACUGCACAUACAUGCUCAUGUCGAAGAAUAAUCGAUCAUAUGGCAAGAAUUUUGUUGGCUUGGAGAUUCAAGACGACCCUCGAAAGCCACACGCCCACAUCUGGCCAAUGCGCAUUCCAGGGUAUUUCCUACCAAAAUUGAUGUACCUGGAACUAAUCAACUUCGACUGGACAGCAACCAGACCACAUGAUCUUUUCUUCCACUUCCUUUCCUAUUACACCAGCAUCAAAACUCUGGCAAUCGGGCGGUGCCAGUUUCGCAGUAUAGCGGAACUCCGUAGGAUCUCCACCGCACUCCCGAGCCUCGAAACCCUGUCUCUCGCGGAGAUCACACUGCAGCACCAACUCGUGCCAGGUUUGGUGUCGCGCUAUGUUCCCAAUUUGUCUCGCAACAAGCUCAAGAAGAUGGUGAUUGGGAGUCUCCACGACGUCUACAACUGGCAUCUGGAUAGUGUUGCGCCGGCGAUAGACACUCACAUCCCAUCUGUAUACCAUCAAUUCCUAUGGGACGUAUGUGUCACGUACUCCUACGUCACAGAGCUAGAGUUGGACCUGCGCUACUACUCUUCGCUCUCGAGUCUUCAUCGGUUUCUACACCAUUUCCCACAUCUGUCUCGCUUGUUGCUACACGAUUCAGAGCACGGCUCCCAUGUCGAGCCUGCAUCAGCAGCAGACCUGGCCCUAUACACAGCACAUGCACUCAACCCCUCUCUGUCGGAUUUACGAUUCAAAUACGUGCCUGUGUCGUUGGCGCGACAGAUUCUACUGGUAUUAUCCCCGCAAGCUUGUAGCAGACUGGAAGCCCUGCGGGUUUUCUUUCUAUGCUGGCAUUGCCAGCUGCAUGAUCGACAGCGUGCAGAGUUUGUACUACGUGUUACAGAGGUUCUAUGUCUUGCCGGAGCUGGGCUGAAGAAGUUUCAGUGGGAACAUAACCCAGUUGAUGGAGACUUGAUCCACGAUGACGUACCGCGACUUACGGCAAACACAUCACUGACAAACCUGACGAUCACUCUCUGUGUCGAUCCAUCACUCCCGAGCAUCCAGAGGGCCCUGGAUACCUUGUUGUCUGACAUACGAAGCCCGCAUCUGGAGCGACUCACGGUCAUGAUCAACCUGAUUCGGACCCAACACGACGACACGUCUGAAGAUAGGGACAAGACCUCAGUCAGCGAGGCAGACCCUCCCGGCUCCACCUCCACUUUCCAUGCUAUACUCUCUCGUAGCAUCUUUGACCAACUUCCAGCAGUUUCUGAGCCCUAUCACGAGAGUGCCGGUGUAUUCAUUGCAGUCAGAUGGGCCUACUAUGGCUCACCGGUGUCUGAGCCUCAGGAGGAGGCGGCUCGAACCACCGCAUUGUCUGCGAUCAAGUCAAACAUGAUCACUCUGUUCGCGCCGUGGCUGGAUCGCGGAGUCAUGCAGCUCUCAUUCAACCUCGAUCCCGACGGUGAAAUGGACGUCACUCGUGAUUCCUCAUCAGUACUCCGUGUCCUUGGGACUCCGACGCAUGCCAGUAUAAAGGAGAUAGCAGAUUCGGAGCCUGACGAUGGACACGAAGACCAUGCGCGCGAUGCCAGUGGAGAUAUGGAGACAGAAGAUCCAAUUCCCCCGCAAUAGACAGUGCACUAGAAUUUGCAAGACUGGCCGGGUAUCAUCAUUUUUUCAACGACCGACCUCGAAGAGCGUACGAGACCGAGACACCGUGUCUCGGUGAGCGGUGACUGGAGCGGCAACCCGUCACACCUGUUCCGCAAUCGCGCGGGGUCGAAUCACGGAUCAUGUAUCAUUGUAGCCGAAGAAGAAUGGUACUGGAUAGGGCGGGGUGAAUGAAGAAACAUGCGGAGAGAGUGGUAACGAGCUCGAGAGCUUCGCGAGACGAGGGUAGUUCAUAAACACGCAGAACUCACAGCGUAUCGUUGUAUGGCGAGUCGGAGUCCCGUAUUUAUCGAAAACGCUUCACUUGUUUGUCGCCGCUGUGCGGAGAACCCUGGGUCAUAGCCACUCUUAGGCUCGUGCGUCAG